AGUGAGCUAAAUCGCUGUGAUUUCGUGAUUAUUGAGUGCCUAGAGUAUAUGGUCUAGUUUCGUCUGUUUCGACUGUAGAUAAAUCCGAACGAAAUUUGUAACUUGAACUGAGGAACUGAGGCCAGUCGCGUUUUUCGAAGAAUCUUAAGAUGUUCAGCUGGUUGAGUGGGGACGAGUCGCGCAAGAAGCAGCCCGAAAUAUAUGAAACUGUGUUGGAAGGGAUGAAAAAAGUUUAUAAAGCAAAGAUCCUGCCAUUGGAAGAGCAAUACAAUUUCCAUGACUUCCAUUUGCCAAAGCUCAGUGAUCCGGACUUCGAUGCCAAACCCAUGAUUCUGUUAGUUGGACAGUAUUCUACGGGAAAAACAACUUUUAUUCGUUAUCUGUUGGAGAGAGACUUCCCCGGUAUUCGGAUUGGCCCGGAACCCACGACAGACUGCUUCAUUGCGGUUAUGUAUGGCGAACAAGAUGGAAUAAUUCCAGGCAAUGCACUUGUGGUAGACCCGAAGAAACAAUUCCGGCCUCUUUCCAAGUUCGGCAACUCAUUCUUAAAUCGUUUCCAAUGUGCCCUGGUUGAUUCCCCGGUUCUGAAGGGGAUUUCCAUCGUUGACACUCCUGGAAUUUUAUCGGGAGAGAAACAACGUACGGAUCGAGGAUAUGAAUUCACGGGAAUUCUGGAAUGGUUUGCUGAAAGAGUUGACCGGAUCAUAUUGCUUUUUGACGCUCACAAGCUUGAUAUAUCCGACGAAUUUCGUCGAGGAAUUGAGGCUGUCAAAAAUUACGAAGAAAAGAUACGAAUUGUUCUAAACAAGGCUGACAUGAUCGAUCAUCAGCAACUGAUGAGAGUCUAUGGGGCCAUGAUGUGGUCGCUGGGAAAGGUUUUGAAAACUCCAGAAGUUCCUCGAGUUUACAUCGGAUCAUUUUGGGAUCAACCGCUUCGCUAUGACUCAAACCGCAAAUUAUUUGAAGCGGAGGAGCAAGAUCUUUUUCAGGAUCUUCAGUCGUUGCCGAGAAAUUCAGCCGUUCGGAAAUUGAAUGACCUCAUCAAACGUGCGAGACUGGCAAAGGUUCAUGCUUAUAUCAUAAGCUCACUUCACAAGGAGAUGCCCUCUAUAUUCAAGAGGGACAGCAAAAGAAAGGAGUUGAUCAAGAAUCUUGAUAGCAUUUUUGAGAAAUUGCAUUUGGAGCAUCAAAUUUCUCCUGGAGAUUUUCCCGACAUCGAACACAUGAGGAGCGUACUUUCGAAGUACGAUUGGGCCAAGUUUCACCCACUGAAACCGCGGUUAUUGGAUGCCGUGGAUAGGAUGCUUGCAGAAGAGGUAGCUCAAUUAAGUGCCAUGAUUUCGACAGAGGCGAUCACAAAAAGCAAAGAACCGCUUCUCUCAGGAGGAGCCUUUGAUGGUGUGAAAGACGUCCAAUCGCCUUUCGGUUUUGGCCGAGGAGAAGGGGUGGACGCCGGUUCCGACGAGAGGGAGUGGGUUGUUGCGAAGGAUAGGCACAAGUACGAUUCAAUUUUCGAUUCACUUGGACCAAUUGAUGGGAAAGUCUCAGGAGCGACUGCAAAAGCAGAGAUGGUGAAGUCGAAGUUGCCGAAUUCUGUGCUUGGGAAAAUCUGGAAACUUGCGGACCUGGAUAAAGAUGGAAUGCUGGAUUGUGACGAAUUCGCCCUUGCAAUGCACCUCAUAAACGUCAAACUGGAUGGUCACGAACUGCCGGCUGAACUUCCUGCUCAUUUGGUUCCACCAAAGAAGAAGUUCUAG